GAAACCUCAAAUUCGAAGAAUGAUGAGGCAUCAGAUACUCUUGAGAACUCUAAAGCCGCCGAAGCAUUGUAUAAACAAGGCCUGAAGAUGCUUUCAGAAUCAAGGAACCCUGUAAUCGGAGACCCAGCGGCCUUGAAACACAUUAAUGAAGCGGCUAAAAUGGGCCAUGUCAAGGCGCGCGAGUCCAUGGCCUUGGCGAUGGCGCUUGGUUGGGGGGUUCCCAACUCCCUUGAUAAAGCUGUUGCUGAAUUUCAAGCUCUGGCUACCGAAGGCAAUCCGAGAGCACAACUGGCUCUUGGUUUGAUGUACGCUGCGGGCAUAAAAGCGAACGUGAGUAUCCCACGUGCGCUGAUUUACCUGACGUUUGCUGCUUUGGGUGGAGACGAGUUCGCCGAAAUGACUAUGCCCGUAAACUUCAUUCAUAUGGAGGUGAGUAUGGUCCGCUCGAGCCUGAAUCCGAUCCUCCCAUUCAAAGACCCACUGCUUAUUACAUUCUCGUUCUGA